CCACAAUCCCUAUUGUUUUUACUCUUUAUUUUUCUUCUUCUUUAAAUGUGAUCAUAGAGACCAAACCUUCAGACUCGAGGCACGAAUCUACUGAAACUCCUGAGGCGUGACACUUCAGCUCAAGACAAAUGAAAGCGUAUUGCAGCCCAAUAAACCUCAUUAAUGUUCAUCAAACAAAAAAAUACAGAGAAAAUCACUCUUAACUGAAUCCCUUCAGUAGCUUUAAUAAGAACCAAUGUAUAUUUAAUUAGUAAUUUAAUUAUUUAAUCAACUCACAAAAAUGUAUCCCCUGAGAUUAAUCAGAUAUGUAUACACACAAAACAGUCAUAUUACAACUUUUAUCUGUAAAUGAUGCAAAAGCACAAGUGAACUUGGAAGAGACAUCCGUCAUCGCAUCGCUUGUCUUUACGGGACACGAGUGAAUGAAGCUCUGGCCGUGAGAGUAAAAUCAAAUCGCGCGACAUCAGAAGAGUUAUCAGAACAACUGAAUUAUGAAGCGACACUGUUGAUCAGCCAUGAAAACCAUUAUUGACUGGUGCUGACGUUCAGCCAAACACAGCCUGCUGGUGUCAAGAUCAGCUGCAGUUUCAUCUGGAACACUAUCACACGUCACACUGUUCUACAUUUAUAUUUUAUUCACAUAUAAACUUUGAUCAGCACACAUACAUAGAGCUCAAGAACAGAAGCUCAAACACCAGUGAUGUUCGUUCUUGAGCUUCCGUUACCAUAUCUGAUGAACUCUGUGUGUGUGUGUGUGUGUGCUGAUCAAAGUUUAUAUGUGGAUUAAAGCCUAAAUUAUUCUGUUCCAUCAUAUAAAGCGACUGUGUCUUGGAUUAAACCACUCCAUUCGUAUGGAUUACUUUCACAACGUCUUUAUGAACUUUUUGAAGUAAUGGUGGCAUGAACCUUCAAUGGAGGGACGGAAAUCUCUUAGGUUUCAUUAAAAAUAUUUUCAUUUGUGUUUUGAAGGUGAACGAAAGGGUGAGUAAACGAUGGCAACUUUCAUUUUUGGGUGAUUUAUCCUUAUAACCUUUUGUAAUGUGAUUGUUUGAGUGGUUUAUGACCCUGUUCCAGAGCAUCUCUUCGUUUGUGGGUCAGAGCUGAAGGCUCUGGUGUCCAGCAGCAUCAUGAGUGAAAAAGAAGCUGAUCUGACCAUCACAAACUUCAGAAGUCAGAGCAGACCUGCUCUUCUACAUCACUCUGACGUUCCGCAGAUCGUUCGGGAAUUAUAAGCGCCUGGAAUAUCGGCCAUCGGAAUCACAGAGGAGGAUAUUUAUGGACACAUCAGUGAUCUGAAGAGCUCGUGUGAUUGUAAUGUUUGAAGAGCCUCUGAGGAGCACAUUGAGAGAGAAGAGCAGAGCAGAAAUCAUCGCUGUCGUUCAUAAUAACUGCUGCUGAUGUGAUAAUGGAUGGUGGUGUCGGUGAUUGGUGUUUAAAGCAGUCACUCAUGUAAACCUGUGAAAGAGACUGAGAACAAACAGCAGGAGAGUCGAGCGGAGGAACAAGGAAGCGAUCUGUCUCUCUCUCUCUCUCUCUCUCUCAUUGUGUCUGUCCAUCUAUCGUAAGAAAACAUCAAUCUAAUGCUCGAUCUGGGAGUAUGCGACUCCACACGAGCAGUUGAAUGCAGAGGGGAUGUCUGGCAGUAAGGCGCUGGGAGGCGCGCGGCGGCGGCGGACACGGUGCCGGCGCUGUCAGGCGUGUAUGCGGACCGAGUGCGGCGAGUGCCACUUCUGCAAGGACAUGAAGAAGUUUGGUGGACCAGGACGCAUGAAGCAGUCGUGUCUGCUCAGGCAAUGCACUGCACCGGUGUUGCCCCACACAGCCGUGUGUUUCGCGUGUGGUGAAGCGGGAAAGGAAGACACGGUGGAGUCGGAGGAGGAGAAGUUCAGCCUCUCUCUCAUGGAGUGCACCAUCUGCAACGAGAUCAUCCACCCCAGCUGCCUCAAGAUGGGAAAAUCUGAAGGCAUCAUUAAUGAUGAGAUCCCAAAUUGUUGGGAAUGUCCAAAGUGCCACAAGGAAGGAAAAACCAGUAAGGAUCAAGGAGAUGGGUUAGGAAAGAGACGCAUGGACAACGGGGAAGUGAGUCGCUGGAAGCUAACAGAUGAUCCGCCGCCCAGUAAGAAGAAGACCCUGUCUCUAGAAGACACGGCACGUCAAGACGGACCGAAACGCAAGAAGGAGAAGGACGUGCCGCAGGAGGGCGGUUCAAAAAAGAAGAUCAAAGGUGCCCGUGAGAAACAUCUGAAAAAGAAAGCAAAACCCAACUCCUCAGACUCUUCUGAAGCGAACGGGCCGAACUCGUCCACGGCUGGCGGACACGGCUCCGGCGGCGGCUCCGCUGUGGCACCGCCCUCGUCUCUGACGGCCAGCCAGGAUCAGCGCACUCAUCACCGCGAGAAACUGGAGCGCUUCAAGCGCAUGUGUCUUCUGGAGCGAGUGCGGGACUCCAGUUCCUCGUCUUCAUCCAGCUCCGAAACGGACUCCGAGUCAGAUUCUGAUUCUCCGUCUCCGAUCGGCGCCUCAGAACCGUCCUCUCCAGCCACCGUGUACGGCAACAGCAGCAUGCGCGAGCGAGACCGGAACCGGCGUCUGGCCGAACUCGGCUUCAGUGCCAGCGAGGAUUCUGAGGGAGAAAGCGUGGUGGCUGAUCACGAGCAGGACAGCGUGGACGAGCCGCAGCCGCAGCGGCGCAGAGGAGAUGCCAAUUCCAGGGUACGAAAGGCAGUUAUGGACACUGAAGCAGAUGAUGAUGAAGACGGAUCAGCGGAUCGGGGUCACAAAGCAACUGCGGUGGCCCCGCCGUCACCACUGUCAGCUACGCAACCGGCAACCUUCGGACACGGACAUUUACCAGAAGGCCUCUCCUCAUCCAAGCGCACAAACGGACAGGACGCGCGCAACGGCCGCACACGGGUGGGCGGCAGAGAGACGCAAGAGAAGGAGAACUCCAACAGCAGUACUGUAGCCAAUCACCGGCAUGGAAAGGCAGUUCGUGGUAGCAAAAUUCGUGGCGGAAGCCGGCAAGGCCAGAACGUUGCCUCAAAUAAGAGCGCAGGUACAGCAGCGGUCAGUUCUGCUACUGCGAAUGGCAACACUGCCACAUCUAACCUGUCUAACCCCGCCGGCGUCUCGCUGGCCUCGCAUCGGUCCCAGCAGUCCCGCCCGGUGCCGGCGCGCUCGCAGCUGGUGAAGAGGAGCGCUGUGGCCGUGCCCUCGCCGCCCAGGCCCCUGCAGAUGGAGCGGCACCUGGUGCGUCCGCCGCCAGCCUGCCCCGAGCCUCACUGCCUGCCGCUGGACAGCGGCGCGUCACACGUGCUGCCCAGGGAGGUCUGGCUCCGCGUCUUCCAGCAUCUCAACCAGCGGCAGCUCUGUGUCUGCAUGCGUGUGUGCCGCACCUGGAGCCGGUGGUGCUGUGAUAAGAGGUUAUGGACUCAGAUUGAUUUGAGCCGGCAGCGCUCCAUCACUCCUCCGAUGCUGAGCAGUAUAAUCCGCCGACAGCCUGUGUCUCUCAACCUGGGCUACACCAACAUCUCCAAGAAACAGCUCAUGUGGCUGAUCAACCGUUUGCAAGGUCUGCUGGAGCUGAACGUCGCCGGCUGCCCGUGGUCCUCCGUCUCGGCGCUCUGUCAGUCCGUGUGUCCCUGUCUGCGGCUCCUGGAUCUCAGUCGCGUCGAGGAUCUGAAAGACUCUCAUCUGAAAGAGCUGCUGGCUCCGCCGUCCAAUGACACGCGCUCAGCUCACGGAGAGAACCGAGGCGGACGUUUCCAGAACGUCACAGAGCUCCGAUUGGCUGGCCUGGAAGUGACUGACGCCGUGUCACGCCUGUUAGUGCGCUACCUUCCUCACCUGACCAAGCUGGACCUCAGUCAGUGCUGCCAUAUCACAGACCAGACCAUCCACACGCUGACCUCGCCCAUAUCGCCGCUCCGCGAGAGCCUCACGCACGUCAACCUGGCAGGCUGCGUGAAGGUGACGGAUCAGUGUCUGCCGCUGCUGCGCCGCUGUGCCUCGCUGCAGACGGUGGAUCUGCGCUCCUGCGGCCUGAUCAACCCCGACGCCUGCCAGCUGCACUGCUUCCCCUGCGCAGACGACAGACUGCUGCUCAAGAACAGCUGAACUCACACUACAGCUACAGACUCGCAACGUCACACACUUGCUCGCUCUUUCUUUUGUGUUUUAUUUCUGGAUCCGCCGUUUGUGAAUGGAGAAAUCACGUAGAUAUUCCGUACAGUGGUGAGUGUGUGUGCAGUCGUGCGGUUCGCUGUAAACGAGCCCAGCGUCUCCAUCUCCUGCUGGCUUCAUCCAUGAAUGUAUCGCCUCAGACACGUGUGGGUGAACCUCAGGAGAAACGAGCAGGUUUACCCCAAGAUCAAAAGAAUGUUUAUUUGCAAACAAAAUAAAGCCCAUUUGGGACCAUGAAGAUUUUUUUUGCGCUGACAGUAUUUCAUCACAAGUUGUCUUAUAAUCACACAAAUGACUUUACUGCAUCCAGUAUUUGACUUUUACAUGAACGGUUCCUGUCAUUAGUUUCAGACGCUGUGAUCUGAGAAUCUGGAGGAAAAGUGUUUGACUGGCAUGAAAAUCUUCAUGGUCCUGAAACUAGGCUUGAUUUUGGGGUGACGUGAUAUUUGACGUGUUUCUUGAGGUUCACUGACUGUGAUGAUCAGUUUCAGGAGGUGUGUGUGUGUGUGUGUGUGUGAGAUCAGUGAACAGUGUUAAUGUCUUCAGCGGUGGAUCAGUGACGUUCUCUUCUCUUCAUUGUAUUCGUGCCACACUCGCUCACGCUCUCGACGUGCCACACGUACGGAGCCGCUGCCCUUCCACUCUUUAUUUCUCUCUUCCUUUCGUUAUGACUGAUCAGUGUUCUUACCGAAGCACGGCACUGAAGGACACGGAUCCCACGACCAACGGCAGGCUUCUGUAAGCCUUAAAGACUUCCCUAUAGGCUUCAGUCGCUGCUCUGAGCUGCUGUACGCACCUGUGUUUCACGCUGUAUCUUAUAUAAUGUCGCACACUUCCACACAGGCCGAAUGUUGCUGUAGAUUCCUGCUAAUCUGGAAAGGUUUUCACAGAACGAGGUUCAGCAAACACUGACGGACUGCCUUUAGUUCGUCCACGUCACAUAUGGAUUGGUUCGGUUCGCUGUCAUUCGGUCGGGUUCUGCUCCAGAAUGAUCCAAACUAAAUUUUGCCUCCCAUUAGCAAUGGAGAAAAGUCUGUCUGUUAGUGCAAAAAAGCUUUGUGGCCAAUUAACGACAUGGAAUAACCUGCAAAAUGCAUUAGAGAAUGAAACAUUUGGUGUUUCCAACCUCAUUCAGUGUUAUCAAAGCCACUCGCUCGCUGAAGACUAACCCAGAAAACCAUGAGAAGGUCAUUUAGCUGCACACAUCCAUCCUGCCCGGUCCGAGCGGCUCUCUGAACGCGUGGUGAGCUGGUUUUAGCAGUCGGGGUGUCGCUGGGCUCCUCAUGUGGACUAAACGACUCUGAUGAUGUUUCCAUCUGAACUGUUGAACAUGCAGGGCUCUUCCCGGCGCUCCUCGAAAACAACGUUCCUUCUAUCUAUCGUGAGCUCUGCAACUACUUCCUUCCAGAAUACGAUGCAUGUCGACACCUUUGACGGACUGUAUUCCUUGCACACUUCUAUUCAGUAUUGGGUCCAAUACAUGGCAGUUUAAUGUGUUUGAUGGCAGUAGACAAACAGCAUCCCUUAAAAGUGACCUCGACAAUGUAGUUGCAAUGUUUUUUGUUGUUGUUGUUUUUAGAUUUCAUGUUCAGUGCAGUUCGCAUUUAAAAGGCGUUCUUGCGCAUUCGGAGAUACCUGUGUGCGGUUUAUAGUGACAUAUCAAACACUGAGUUCUUUAGCAUCAGGUUGUAGUUUUUCUGAAAUCGGAAUGAAGAAUUCAAGUCGAAUGACUUGGAUAGGUUUGGAAUACGGUUCCUCUUUCAUCCGAACGUGUUUUUUGCCCACUAAACUCAAUUGCCAUGUAUGAACCAAACAUUCGCCCUGUUAAAGGCACAGGGCCUGAAUCAUAUUCUUGUAAUAUCUUGCCAAAAUUUCCUGUUUUAGGCGUUCAUAUAUACAUAUAUAUAUAUAUAUAUAUAUAUAUAUAUGUAUAUUCUUCCUUUGCAUUGAUCCAAGUGAUAGAAUAUGUGAAACAAUGAGGAAAAAGAAAAACAAGGCAGCUACUAUAAAAGUGACUACUGUAAAAUGUCUAACGAAAUAAAGACAAUGGGGUUGUUUUUA